AGCUGCGGGUGCUCAGUGGUUCUCAGACAGCUACCCGGUGACAGGUCUCCUCUCAGGGCAUCACCAUGGCCCGCGUCCCCCUGCUUGUCCUCCCGCUCUUGGCGACUCUGUGUCUCGCUGACCCCAGUAUCUACUUCAAUGAAGAAUUCUCAGAUGGAGAUAGCUGGAAACAACGCUGGCUGCCGUCGAAGCACAAGUCAGACUAUGGGCAGUUCGUGCUUUCCGCCGGCAAGUUCUACGGAUGUGCUGAAAAAGACAAAGGUCUUCAGACCAGCCAGGAUGCCCACUUCUAUGCCCACUCUGCCCGCUUUGACUCCUUCUCCACGAAGGGAAAGGCAUUGGUCGUCCAGUUUAGCGUCAAGCACGAGCAGAACAUAGACUGCGGCGGUGGAUACGUGAAGCUGUUUCCCGGCACAUUGGACCAGGCUGACAUGCACGGAGAGUCCGAGUACAACAUCAUGUUCGGUCCUGAUAUCUGUGGUCCUCCUACUAAGAAGGUGCACGUAAUCUUCAACUACAAAGGAAAGAACCUGCAGAUCAACAAGGACAUCCGUUGUAAGGAUGAUGUAUACACUCAUCUGUACACCCUAAUCGUGCGUCCCGAUAACACCUACGAGGUCAAGAUAGAUAAUGCCAAGGUGGAAUCUGGCAACUUGGAAGACGAUUGGGACUUCCUUCCCCCCAAGAAGAUCAAGGACCCUGAAGCCAAGAAGCCUGAUGACUGGGAUGAGCGCCCCAAGAUUGAUGACCCUGAGGACAAGAAACCAGAAGACUGGGAAAAGCCAGAGCACAUCCCUGACCCAGAUGCUGUGAAACCAGAAGACUGGGAUGAGGAGAUGGACGGAGAGUGGGAGCCACCGGUCAUCCAGAACCCAGAGUACAAGGGAGAGUGGAAACCUCGUCAGAUCGAUAACCCAGACUACAAAGGAAAAUGGGUCCACCCCGAGAUCGAUAACCCAGAAUACACCCCAGAUCCUAACCUGUAUGCCUAUGAGGACUUUGGUGUGAUCGGCUUUGAUCUGUGGCAGGUGAAAUCCGGAACCAUCUUUGACAACAUCUUGAUCACGGACGAUGAGAAAUACGCAGAAGACUAUGCCGCCAAGACAUGGGGUGUCACUAAGGACGCGGAGAAAACCAUGAAGGAACAGCAAGACGAGGAAGAUCGUAAGAAGCAGGAGGAAGAGGAAAAGAAGAGGAAAGAGGAAGAGCCACAGGAAGAGGAAGCAGACGAUGACGACGAUGAUGAAGAGGAGGAAGAGAAGAAGGAAGAUGAUGAUGAUGACGACGAUGACGAGGAGGAUGAAACGCCUCAGAAAGAUGAGCUUUAAAGACCAAGGCUUCUUUCUGACCUCCCUACCAGCGCUCCCCUUCCCUGGGCGUCAUGUCUUAGAUAGGAGAGGGGAAAUGGGAUCGUUCUGUCUCUAUGAGACUCUAAAUUUAUAUAUAUUUUUUACAGUUUUUGUUUUAACCCUUUAUUUGGAAGACAGUUUGUUAACCUCCCUCCCCCGCCCCUUUCCCCAUCUCCUCUCUCCUCAGACCCUUCUGUGUCCAGUACGGUCACCGCCUCUUCCCCAUUCCUUCCAUUGCAGUAAAUGGGUCCCUGCGGCAGUACUGGGUGGCUCUGCCAUUUUGGAACCACUCACCCCUUUUAUAACCGUCUGAGGGGCUUGUGAGGUGCAUAGACCAGUCAUGGCGGCUGGUGUGCGCUGCCAUAUUCCAUUAUUCCCUGAAUCCCCUUAAGAUCUGGGUCUCAUUGCAGUAUCAAGACUAUUCAGUGUUCUGCCCUACAGGGGCAUUAUAGCAUUUGUCAGACUGACCCAGCACCUGCCAUCUCAAGUGAGGAAGCUAUUCUGUGCCAUGAUGCCGGUCUGAAUCAAUGCCUCAUGCACUAGUAGUACCUAUGGAACAGACGGGUUUUGGUCACAGAAUAGCUCUUCCUCACCGACCACUUAGGUAAAUGCCUCACCUACCCUUGUAUGUAUGUCAACACGGUCUGGCAUUGGGUCCACUCUUGAGUGCCUGUCUGGCCGUAGCAGUAGAGCUUGCACUCUCCAUAGUCGGCAGUGUUUCGUGCUGACGUUUCGAUCUGGACAUCUGACCACAAGUAUUUAGAUUGACUUGCCAACACAUGCCCCUCAGUGUCCUGUGAUGUGGUGAAAUCUGCCCUGCUUCAAGCUGUAUGCUUAUUUAUAUUGAUUCAGGGCUCCUCCUCGCCAGAAUGUAUGAAUGGGUUAUGUUUUGGAAUGUACAGAUGUCGGUAAAAAAAAUAAUUUCUAAUUAAAAACAUUGUGUCCAAA